GUAUUCGAGGAAAGCUUGAUGUUGUCCAGUAUCUCUUGCAGCAUGACGUAACUGACAAGGACGUCCUUCAAAGCGUUAUGAAUCAGGACCACGCAGAUUUCAUUGAACUGCUACGUCCUAUAAUUGCGAGGCGCGUUCAGAACAUCGCCCUUGCGGAGCUUAAUCCCAAUGAAGUUUCCGGCCAUGCCAAAAAGACUGGUGAUGAUUGCCCCAACGAUAAAUCUAUUGCUACGGGAGCUGAGGAUAAAAUACUGAGGGCCUGGGACUUAGAAAACAGAACUGUUCAGAGAACUUUUACUGGUCAUAAUGGGGAAAUUUGUGCCAUCGAAUCUGCUAGAGACGGGAGUUUGAUUGGUUCUUGUUCUGACAGGAUGGUCCGAUUAUGGAAUGCGUACGACGAUCGGGCUUCAACACUCAACGCUGAUAACAGCAUUAUGAGUAUUCCCAUCUCGCCAAACAUCAACUACGUGGCUGCUGGCUCAACAGGAAGUCUUGUGUAUAUCUGGGAGACCCAUGCUGGCUGUCUUAUAAGUCGGCUUCGAUACAAGGUAUGUCUACUCGCUCGUCUGGACUCUGUAGAGGUAAGCCCAGUUGGCGGGGUUUUUGCGACGGCUGGUGGCGACAAGAGGGCACGUAUCUGGUCCUACCGCUUAGUAGUCUAAGGGGUUUGUGUCAAGUAUCUAAAGCCAAUCUGGUCCUCGUCCUCUACCCGGGUAUUAGAGAAUCAUUUGUCCAAAUAGGUUUUCAAAGCUGGUGGUAGGAACUCCACUAUACAUUAGCUAAUCUUUGAAUCGAAUUGUAAAUUUAGAAAGAAGUUUAAG